UUAUUAUAGUACAUACAAUAUACAACGCAGCCAAAAUGAGACCACUGUGUUACCUGCUUAUCUUCUGUGUUAUUGCCACUCUUCAUUUAGAAGCUUCGGGGUUCUUUUUAGGAAAGCCAGGAUGCCCCAUACCUUCUGCCCGUAAUUGUCCAGGUGUCCAGGACCGGUGUCAAACCGAUAGGCAAUGUGGCCAAAAUGGGAAGUGCUGUAGCAAUGGGUGUUCCAAGCUAUGCUCUUUUGGUGCAUGCCCCAAACCUACUACCCUCAGUUGUCAAGGUGUCCAGGACCAGUGUCAAACCGAUAAGCAAUGUGGCCAAAAUGGGAAGUGCUGUAGCAAUGGGUGUUCCAAGCUAUGCGCUAUUGGUGGAGUGUUCAGCAAACUCGCAAACUUUGCUAAUCCAAUUUCCUGGGCUAUGUAUGGUCCGUUUCAAAAAAAAUAAAUCAAAGUAUUCUUCAUGCUGUAUAAACACAAUUCACUAGAUUCCGUUUAUCGUUACUUACCUUUCAACUGCUGGACUAAAACAAUGAAUUAAUUGGUCCACAAAUGAUGCAAUGGCACUGCCUUAAAAAGACCAGUCAAUAAAUGUACAAAUAAAGAAUUUGUUAUAUA